ACGAUGUGAGAUAAAUGUGGCAAAGAAAGAUCAUUGGUAUCGAAUCUUUAACUAGAAAGUGGCGCAAUGUUUCUAUGAGCUAUGAAGCAUGGCUUGCUGCCCGACCGAAGAGAAAUAUGGCUACGAAGACUGUCGAUUUGAAAAAGAUGUCGACGAAAAUUUUCAUUGUUCUAUCUGCUACAAUGUUCUUAAAAAACCAAGGACGUGUAGAAAUAAUGAUCACAUCUUUUGUCUUGCCUGCAUCACUCAACAUCUAAAGGUGAACUCUCAAACUUGUCCUGAAUGUAAUGAGCAUUUGAGCGUCGAUACGCUUCGUCGGCCGCGUGUGGUGAAUAACAUUUUGUCUAAACUAAAGAUAAAUUGUGAUCAUGCCAGUCGGGGAUGUCCUGAGUUUACCUGUCUUGAAGAUCUCAAAACUCACGUGGUGAAUUGUGGAUAUGCACCUGUGUUGUGUUCAAAUGCAGAGUGUGGUAUGGAGAUUAACAAGCAAGAUAAGGUCCAUCAUGAGACUGAAGUUUGUGAUUAUAGAAAAGUGACAUGUCAUGACUGUGGGCAGAUACAGGAAGAUGUCGGAACAUUGAAAGGAAGUUUAAUGGAACUGAAUGGGAAAGUGGAACACACAGUGAAUGGAAUAAAGAAGUUGGACGAAAAAGUGGAAGCAGCGAAGGAAAUGAAUAACGAAAUGAACGAAAAAGUGAAGGAAAUCAACGAAAAAGUGAAUGAAAUCAACAAGAAAGUGGAAGCAUCAGGUAGACAAACGAAGAAUGAAAUCGGGGAAGUUAAGAAAGAAGUCAAAGAUAUGGAGGACAACAUUUCUAAAGUGAACAAAGACGUGGACGAAGUCAAAGUCAUGAUGAUUCAAAUGUUAGAGAAGUUAAAUAUGCUUGAACUACUGAACAAACUGCCAUCUCCGACUGAGGGAAUGUUGAACACACCAAGAGAGGAUAUUUUGAUUGCAGGUGGAUAUGCAGGACCUUCACGUGUCCUUGGCAAAAGUGUGGAAAUAUAUUACUGGGAGAAAAAUGGUUGGUUUGAGGUGUCGCCAAUGAAUGACGACCAUAAAGAAGCUUCAUCAUUUAUCUAUAAAGAUCAGUUCUUUGUUGUCGGGGGAGAACGUAGUAGGACAAUAGAGACCUUGAAUUUUGAUGAAUUACCUUUGAAAUGGACGAAAUUUCUUGGGGAACUGCCUUAUAAAUGUGAGGGUCAUCAAACUGUUGUUUACCAGCAGAGUGUCAUUCACAUUGGUGGAUAUAAGUUGGGCAAAGGAUGGUCUAACGUGAUUAGUGAGUUGCAACUUACUUCACCUUGCAUUAUGAAAGAGUUGUGUCGAAUGCCUCAACCACGAGCAUAUCAUGGUGCUGAGGUAUUUGAAGAUAAAGUGCUGAUUUUAGGAGGAUUUUGCCCUGGUAUUAAGGUUACAGACAGUGUAUUGGAGUUUGACCCACAAAGAAAUAAAUGUAAAGUGAUGCCAAAAUUACCGUCUGCCUUGAAGAGAAUGGCGACAGUUCGCUGGAGGGAUGAAGUAAUUGUGCUUGGAGGUCGUGAUAAGGAUAACGAAGUUCUGAAUGAUGUUUUCAUGUACGACUCCAAGACAGGCAAGACCACAGCCUUACCAUCCAUGUUGGAGAAGAGAUAUAACUGUUGUGCAGUUAUUGCUGGAAAUACCAUUGUAGUGAUGGGAGGUAUGAAUGAGAAACGUCUCAGUUCAGUGGAGUGUUUUACAAUGGGAGGUUCUACAUGGGAGUAUCUUCCUGCCAUGAACAAACCAAGAUCCAGAGCUGUUGCUGAAGUUUUACCUUCUACACGAAAAUAUGUGUAAAUUGAACAUUGAGACAAUCAUAAGACGUUAAUUCAUAAUUAGGUAACGUUUUCGGGCACGAUUACAUGGUUCAGCUUUGCUGGGUUGAGGUAUGGGAUGAUUUUGAUUUAUUGAAAUAUUCCACGCAGUGGCGUGCUGGCAGGGGGGACCGGGAGGCCAUGCCCCCCCCCCCAGCUGGCAAUUCUUGCAGGGCGCAAAAAUGAAAAGGGGGCGCCGAUCCCACGCCGAGUUUUGAUAGUGGGUGGGAAAAAACGCAUUCGAAAAAAUAUAGUUACUUCCGCCGAGAAAAGAUGUAUUUAUAGGCUUAUAAACAGACUAAGCGCAUAGGCGACAAGGUGAUAUAUUAAAUUAUACGGACUAUUUUGUCUAACCGUAUUUGCUAAAUUGCUACCUCACGGCUCACACGAAAUCGUUCAUAUAGAAACAUGAACUGUGAUCACACGCAAUGUCUCAUCACCGGAAUAUUGGUCAGGUUUUGAAGCGAUCACGGGAAUCAUGCCCUUUUUUGCUGGUAUUAUAUGCCCUUCAUAGUAUUAUGCUUCACGAAUCACAAGAGCGGCGCAAAUUAGAUAGUUUAAGUUAUGAUAAUGUAAAGUUGUGUGCGCAAUUUAGUUGUUUGCGCUAGAAACAUCAUGAGUAAUGUGAGUAAUGAAAUAAUGCUGAAACGCGCCCUUUUGGCAGCCAGGCAGGGAAACCUUAAAAUGCAUAUGCGUGGGGUCCGUGUGUUAUUGUAUAAAAGAACUGUAUGUUGUAAAUGUAUUCAGAUCACUAGAUCAGUAGAGAAUAGAAUUGGGAUUAGAUUAAUCGCUGGAAGUUGUUAGCAUUACAUAAUAUAAGUACUACUACUACUAAAUUCAAACCAAAUUGCAAAUUUCGACACGUUAUAAUGCCGUUUCCUGACCAUCAGAUUUCUGUCAAAUCUUCCCUCAAAGUCCAGGAAUUGGCAUUUCAGAGACUCUAAAUUCAUUUUCCUGGGGGGCAUGCCCCCGGACCCCCCUAGACAAACCUCGCAUCUGCGGCGCUCGGCUCGUGCCUUCGGCCCUCGUUGAUCAAGUGAAACAUUAUAGGGGCGCAUAUUUGUCGACAGCCCACUGCCCCCCCCCAGAAAAAUAGUACCCAGCACGCCACUGAUUCCACGGUUUAUGAUUUGGAGAAAUGACAUCAAUUUCCCAAGAUAGUUUGCCAUGUAAUUGAUGCUGAACAACUAGCAAUUUACAGUCAUGACAAUUUCGUUAAACUACAGGUUUGAUCAAUUGCAUUCCAGCUCCUAAUAUUGUCGUUUGAUUUCAACUUUAAAAACGUUCUGACUUAUGUCGAUACAUUAAAACCAUCCUGCUUCAUCCUGAAUCACAUGUCAAUAACUGUAUAGUGAUGUUUAUGUUAGUUGAAUAUAUACAGAGAAUGUACGAAAUUAUAGCAAAGUCCAUUCUCCACAGCCUUUCUUAACAUGACAUCGCAAAUUUUAGGAGCCUAAAAUUUUCUUUGUAACAUCCGGCUGUGGUUUCGUUUAGAAAAAAUUAUUGCUUGUCCUAGAUUAUAUAAUUAUAGUAUCACGUAGUCAUG